CAUUUGAAAACUUCGUUCGUUUUCAUCAAUCUGCAGCCAUCUACGCCGUCAAUAAAUCAUUCGAAUUUCGACCUUAUGGAAACGGACGGUUUGGCCAUGAGCUAGAAAGUCCUGUCAAUGGAUCUCCUUUGGAUACCAUGAGCGAUUUUCCGGGGGGACGAGUCUCUCCUACACUUUCACCUACGUCUAGUCCAAAAACAAAAGACCACCAAGAAUACGUCCACCCAAAUCCCCCUCCAGCGAUGAUGAAUCUGAAGGUGAAACGAGAAAAUCGAAGUCUGUAAAGAAUUCCAAAACAAGUCGGCAAACGAAGAACAACAAGCAGUCAAAAGGUCCAAUGACAAAAGAAGCGGCCACUCACACUUUUCAUAAGAUGCGCACGCCGGGGAAAUGUGCCGUAUGCGAUACGUAUGCAUUUAUAGGUUUGGAAUGUGCUCAAUGUGGUCUAGUCUUUCAUAAGAAGUGUCUGGAGAAUAUAAAGACCCCCUGCACACGUAGCAGAGUCCUGGCAAACACCAAAGAACUUCCUAGCCCUAUGAAAACAUUUGGCGUGAGGUUUUCUGAGGAUGGAGGCGUUCCGGUUUUGGUCUCUAAAUGUGUGAAAGAAAUUAAUCGAAGAGGUCUCAGAGUUAAGGGGAUUUAUCGAGUUUCUGGUGUGAAAUCUAAGAUGGAAAAUUUGUGCCAGGAAUUUGAGACGAAUGCUGAGUCGGUCGAUUUAUCCACACAACCACCUCAUCUUAUUGCGUCCGUGCUAAAACUUUAUAUAAGACAGCUUCCUGAACCACUGAUGACUACAAAGUUGUAUUCCGAGCUCAUACAAUUAGCGAAGGAAAGUGAUCAUCUUCCUCAUUUACGCAUCGAUGACUGUGAACCAGAAACUAAAGAGGAGUUCAGAAACUUUUUAGACAAAUUGCAAGAAACCAUAAAGAAAUUACCAAGAUCUAAUUAUCUAACGACUGCAACCCUAAUCAAACAUCUUCACAAAGUUUCACUCCACGAAGAAUAUAACCAGAUGAACUCGAACAAUUUGGCGAUAGUUUUUGGCCCGACCAUCUUACGAUUGGAAAGCACGAUACCUGGAUCAUCGCUCUCCUCUCUGGUAGACAUGUCACAUCAAAGUCGUAUUGUUGCACUACUCAUCGUGAAUCCUCAAUUAUUUGAUGAUGUACCGGAUGAACCUGACGAUGAGCUUGAAAAUGUAUCUAUCGAGGAAAAUGAUUCAUCUUUGCCAAGCUCUCCUGUCGAGAAAUCUGUCUUAACCGAUUCUAAAGAUGAAAAUGGUGUUUGUAAUAUCGAUAGUGAAACCUGGGUUGGAGAUGAAGUUCCCUCUCCAAAGGAGCAUUGUUCAUUUCAGUUGACGGAUAUCACCAGUACUCGAAGGGCACAGAUCUUUGACACAAUGAGAAUCAGUGAGUCAGAUAACUACGAGGGCAAGGCAGCAAUCUCCCUUCUUGGUAGCUCAGAAGAAAAAGAUACAAAUUUUGAUUUCCCGGUAAACCGGAAAAUUUCAUCUGAACGCGAUACAGAACCUUCAAGUUAUUACUCCAAACAGACUGACGUCGUGCAAAAUGGAGUAUUGGAUGAAAACAGUUUUGUUUCCAGUUAUGAAGAUUCAUCAACUUUGUCAUCAGUUGGCUCACUGUCAAACCAAAAUUCAACAGAGUUUCAAACCAGUAAAAGGGGCGAUGAUUCUGAAGUGGAACUACCUCAAUCAAACUUCGGUAGUACAAAGGAUAAGAUGGAUUUUGAUGGAAAUCGUCCGCGAAGACGAUCUAAGGCAUUUAGUGCUGGGAAAAAAAAUAGUGAAAUGCUAGCGAAACGCGGCUCAGCUCUUAUGAACACCUAUAUGGUUGAAAACAACACCAGUACGGUCGAAAGCGAUAAUCAAGAAGGAGAAAUUUCUCUUGAAAACCAAUCAAAUGGUGAAUUAUUAGUUAUUGCUUCGGAAACAAACUCCAAUGAAGCAACCGAUUCGGAUAUCACUCCAGUGCAAACAGAAACAGAAGGUCAGGUUGUUUCUGGUAAAUCGCCAUUCUUGGAAAUGAAGGCACCGAUUGCGUUGAGAUCGGAGAAUCAAGUCAAUAUAAAUACCUUGUACAAAAAUACUCCAAGUCGAAAACGUAAUGCUACGUACGAAAUUGACAGAAGACGAAAUGGUACUUCUAGACCAGAAAGACAGAACGGCAUUUUGCUGGCGAUAGAGUGUACGGUACACGUGCUAGGCAUACGCGCGUCUCGGUUAAAGAUCAAAUCAAACAAUUAGAGAGUAGAGAGCAAAACGACUCGUCAACAAAUAAACAAGAGGGAGUUAGGAGCUCCAAGAAAACUUCAUCUGAUAUUGUUGAGGACUCUCAUGGUGUUCAGGGAAAAACUAUUGAUCUUGUCGAUGGAAAAGAGAACGUCAAUGGCAACUCUAUGGGUACUGGUAACCCGAUAAUUAGAGAUUAUCCUACGAGAGACAUAUCAGGAAUUUUUCAACCGCCCAAAGUUCCAGUAUCUAAAUACAAAACAGGUGAUGAUAAAUUCUGUGCCGUGAAAAGGGAUAUAAACUUAGAUUCUCCUCAAACUCAGACGUCAGACUCGUCUGAAAUAGAGAGCGACAAUGUGGGCACGGAGGCAAGCUUACUUCCAACGUGGAAGGGACAAGGUCUUACUCCUCGUGAUUCAAAACACGCACCAGAAUUUGUGUAAACCUUUGAAGUAGGAAACAUUUACAGAAUGCUGUAAACAAAUAUUAUGAAAAAUUAUGUAAGGUGGUAAUUCCUAUGGUAUUACGUUAGUGAAUUAUAAUUAGAAAGUCCUGCACUCCAAUAAGAUUUAAUUUUAUCCAAUGCACAGCAUCUUUGCAAAAUUGAUGUAUUUUCCUCAUACAUAUAUAUAUGUAUAUAUAUACAUGCAUUUAUAUAUUAAAAUAUACUUGCAGA